AGUGCAGCGGCAAUUAAAGCAGCAGGUCCCCUGUGGCGAUAUUUUAUUUCGCUGCCAGUGGCAGUGAGAGUGCGAGCAGUGUGAGCUCACUGCGGCCGUCGAUCGAUUGCCCGUGGCACGCGAGUAAAAAGCCGCCUCACAGCCAACCAUCAUCCUUCCCCUCCUCCUUGGACUUCUGCCUCAAUCCUUCCGUCGAGUCUCACUGAACGCCCCAAUGCCAGAAUGAAGGUCUACGAGAGCUCCUUCAACUACGACUAUACAUUCCCCGCCGUCACUUUGGCCUAUUUCCUGCGCUAUCCAAACCCUUAUUCAAGGCAUGUGUUGAGCUCCGAUGUCAUCGACCGCUAUGUCGACCCCGAGACGCAACGCCUUCAUACCGUCAGACUUCACCUGAAAAAGUCCAAAGUCCCUGCUGGCAUUCUCAAAUUUCUGCCCCGCGGCCUUGCCGGCCCUGGGGGUUCCAGCCAGAGCUACAUACUGGAAAAGAGUACCAUCGAUCUCAAGGAGGGCUGGAUGGAAACCGAAUCGAGAAACAUGGAAUGGACCGGCAUAUUGAGCGUGGUCGAACGCCAGAGCUAUCGCCGGCAACGACUCGAAGAGAUCGAUAACCGCGGUCCGGCGAAGAAUGAUCCACAGCAAGCCAAAGAAACCACCUCGUGCAAAACUGUGGUCACGUUUGUGUCGCAUCUAGGGCAAGGGAUACUCUUGGGCCGGAAGAAACAUGAGCAUCCAGCUGCAAAUGUUGAAGAGGAGCCGCCUAAGCAGGGAUUCUUUGCGGCCUUGUCCACCUCUGGGAUUCAGAGGACCAUCGAGCUAAUCGGAGUGAAAAGGACAAAGUCGGCAUUGGCCAAUGGCAAGGAGGGAAUGAAUGUGGUUCUCGAACGAUUGCGCAAUGGAGGGAUUGUUGGGGUCCUCGAAGGCAUGAGGAGGGACCGUAUGGAAGGAAUGGGUGGGGAGGGCCAUUGGAAACAGGUCUGGCUUAACCGCCAUGACUCCGGUGACCACGACAGCGACUGAGCAGCCUCAGUGGACUAUCUGGUGACACAUUCAUUUGUACUUUAACAAGUGGGCGAUUUGAGCAUGGCGUUGGGGUGGUUUUGAGCGUUGUGAGGCUGGCCGGUUAGGCAGUUGUAUCUUCUAUAUUCAUAGCGCUAGGUAGGCAUUGGACAGUGAAUCUAUCCACUCACACUCAAA